GUCACGAGAACCCUCUUUUCAUACCGAGUGCUUCCAACAGAAGCCACCUGACAAGUCGCUCCUUUGUCAUUCGGGGUCUUGCCCAAAGACGGAGAGCCCUAAACCACGGUAUAAAGGCGGCGAGAAGUAGCCCUUUCCUAGACCCACUUCCGUCUCGUUGGAGAACAGCUCAUAGACUUGAGACGAACACAUUGAACCGGAAAUGCCCAGUCCAAAGUCGGAAAUUGACGCUUCUGCUGUCCUCGUUGCUGAUCCAGCUUCUGAUGAUGAUGAUUUUGUCAAGGUGUCACGAUCACAACGUACAGACACAUUCGGAAGUGAAGUCACCGAUGGCUUUCAAGUUCACGAAGCGGGAGAUCUCCUGCAUUCGGGAUUGGUGCAGACAGCGACGGCAGAUUUGCUCAACUCCAAGACAACAACCCACCCAACGUUUAUAGAGGCACUGGAGAAGGCUGAUGCAAACACCGUCAGCAAUUGGUGGUACCAUGAGCGCGACAAUUUCCCUCUGGAUGAAGGUAGUACGGUGUAUCCCAGUGCUGACAUCGCGAAUGGCCGUUUCGCGCUCAUCAAUCUUCGAGGUAUACUGAUGGAUGAUAAUGAAGAGCGCGAUGCGAGCGUGACGGCAGACAACCAGGCAAAGUAUGACUCGAUCAGAGAGGAACUUGAAGCGGGUACAUACAAGCACCAUUCGCCUCGACGAAGUCAUCCUGAUGCAAAGGACGUCUGUACUGUGUCAGUCCGCCGAACCCCCGCUGAUCCCACCUUUGCCUGUCACUCGCAUUCGGUUCGAAACAAAAUCCAUCAACAGUACUCAACCAACCUCGUUCGUCAUUUGCUCAGCACUGCCUGCCUCACACACCGAGUCAAGGCAAAGAAGUCAUCAGUCAGUUGCUUCCCUCUGCAUUGCCCGGAGAAGCCAGACGGGAUGUGGACAUCCAUUGAAGUUGUCGACGGGCAUAGUGGCGCGUUAGGUGGCGACAAAUCGCAGCAAAGUCCUUCGAAUCGAUACGGCCUUCGCAAGUGGCGAACUGUCCCCAAGAUUUACAGUCCAGGUAGCCAUCCAUUGAUCUCACCCGCGCCCACUUUUGUCAGUCUGAAAAAUCAAUGGAAUAGACAGUCCGAACUCAUUCGGAUCAUUGACUUCUUCUCUUUGGUCAGAGCGACUCUUGUUCACGACCAAAAGAUAAAAGGACAUCAUCCCUCGCUGUCAACUUCCCGCCACACUUGCGCAAUGCCUAAGCCAAACGCGUCCGAUGAACGGAACAGUGUCGCAGACUCAGUUGAGUCCAUCGAUCCGGCGAUCGACUACAUCGAGCCUGAUAGUCGUUCAAGCACCUUCGGAAGCGAUAUGAACGAGGAUGGUUUCGUCAAUCUUUCAGCGAAUUCUGGACAGCUGGUCACGUCAACGGCGAUCGAUUUCGUGUUGAAAGAUCUCUUCACCUGCGACUUUUCGCAGUUCACCGCCACUCUCGAAGGCGCCAAUGUUGAUACUGUUGACGAAUGGUGGUAUGAAGCAUUUCCACUGUUUUCGGAAGAUGCAAAAGACACUUCAUUUGUCGGGAAUGACCAAGCUCACGGCCGAUAUAUCAUGCUGUCGCUCAGAAGCACUAUGACGAAUGGCGCCGAGAAGAAGUAUAGGGAGGCAGCGUCAAACAAAUACCAGUCUGUCAAGGACGAGCUUGAGAAGGGCACAUACGAACGUCCCGCUACUAUGGGAUACGGAUCAGUGAAUGAUAGCGAGAGCACGGCCAUGAAGACUGAGCCUAGGAAGAGGGAACAAUGA